GCAAUGCAGCAAGUUUUGGAUAAUCUUACUGAUUUACCCUCAUCAUCAGGAGCUGAAGAAAUAGACCUUAUUUUCUUGAAAGGAAUUAUGGAAAAUCCUAUUGUAAAAUCACUUGCUAAGGCUCAUGAACGAUUAGAAGAUUCUAAACUUGAGGCUGUGAGUGAUAACAAUCUGGAGCUGGUCAAUGAGAUUCUUGAAGACAUCAGUCCAUUAAUAAAUAAAGAUGAAAAUAUUGCCGAAUUGAUUGGUAUACUAAAGGAACCACACUUUCUGUCACUCUUAGAAGCUCAUGAUAUUGUGGCAUCAAAGUGUUAUGAAUCUCCUCCCUCUAGUCCAGAAAUAAAUAAUGCUUCGGUGAACAAUCAGAUAAUACCAGUAGAUGCUAUUCGUAUACUUGGAAUUCAUAAAAGAGCAGGGGAGCCUCUGGGUGUGACAUUUAGGGUGGAGAAUAAUGACCUGGUGAUUGCAAGAAUCCUUCAUGGAGGAAUGAUAGACCGACAAGGUCUCCUACAUGUAGGUGAUAUCAUUAAAGAGGUUAAUGGUCAUGAAGUUGGAAACAAUCCAAAAGAAUUGCAAGAACUCCUGAAGAGUAUUAGUGGUAGUGUCACUCUGAAGAUUCUUCCUAGCUACAGAGAUAAUAUUGUUCCCCAACAGGUAUUUGUGAAGUGUCACUUUGAUUAUAAUCCAUUCAAUGAUAAUCUCAUUCCAUGCAAAGAAGCUGGUCUUAAAUUUUCCAAGGGAGAAAUUCUUCAGAUUGUAAAUCGAGAAGACUCAAACUGGUGGCAGGCCAGCCAUGUCAAAGAAGGAGGAAGUGCAGGACUUAUUCCUAGCCAGUUCUUAGAAGAAAAGAGGAAAGCAUUUGUUAGACGGGACUGGGAAAAUUCAAGUCCUUUCUGUGGGACAAUAAAUAGUAAAAAGAAGAAAAAAAUGAUGUAUCUCACAACUAGAAAUGCAGAAUUUGAUCGACAUGAAAUUCAGAUAUAUGAGGAAGUAGCAAAAAUGCCUCCAUUUCAAAGAAAAACACUGGUCUUAAUAGGAGCCCAAGGAGUUGGCCGAAGAAGUCUGAAAAACAGAUUUAUUGUACUGAAUCCCACAAAAUUUGGAACCACAGUACCGUUUACAUCACGGAAACCAAGGGAUGAUGAGAAAGAUGGGCAAGCAUACCGCUUUGUGUCACGAAGUGAAAUGGAGGCAGAUAUUAAAGCAGGAAGAUAUUUAGAACACGGGGAAUAUGAAGGAAAUCUUUAUGGUACCAAAAUAGAUUCUAUCAUUGAAGUGGUUCAGACUGGAAGAACAUGUAUCUUGGAUGUGAAUCCGCAGGCACUUAAAGUGUUGCGGACAUCAGAGUUUAUGCCCUAUGUAGUUUUUAUUGCUGCUCCAGAACUUGAAACCCUGCGUGCAAUGCAUAAAGCUGUGGUUGAUGCAGGAAUUACAACCAAGCUUCUAACAGAUACUGAUUUGAAGAAAACUGUUGAUGAAAGUGCACGGAUCCAGAGAGCUUAUAGUCACUACUUUGAUCUGAUUAUUGUGAAUGACAACCUAGACAAAGCUUUUGAGAAGUUGCAAACUGCUACAGAGAAAUUGAGGAUGGAAUCACAGUGGGUCCCGAUUAGCUGGGUAUACUGACAGUUCUUUUGAAGAUGAAACAAACAUCAUAUUAUGUUAGUUGAAACAAACACUAAUAAGAAAAUAUUG